UUUUGUUUGCGUCUGCAGGUCAACAUGAAGUUUGAGAGCGUCCUGGCGGAGUGUGGUGGCUUCGGCCGUUUCCAGAUCGGCCUGCUGUUCCUGCUGCUGAUCCCCCGCAUCACCCUCCCGUGUCACUUCCUGUUGAACAACUUCAUCGCCGCCACGCCGCCGCACCACUGCAGCAUCGACCAUCACCACGACAACCCCCCCUUUGGAAACCUCACGACUGAACAGCGAUGGAGCGUCAGCAUCCCAGAACAGGCAGAUGGGGGGCGCUCCUCCUGCCUCAUGUAUCCUGAGCCCCAGCUUCACCUGCUCUACAACUCCUCCAACACCACCGCACUGCCCCCUGCAGAGCCCUGCCAGAGGGGGUGGGUGUUUGACAACAGCACCUUUAAAAGCACCCUCGCCACAGAGUUUGACCUGGUCUGCAGUAAGAAAGGCCUCACCAAAGCCUCCGCCACCAUCUUCUUCGUCGGGGUGAUGUUGGGCGCCGGAUUCUUUGGCGUCCUCUCUGACAAGUACGGUCGGAGGAGUAUGCUGCUGGUGUCCUACCUCUCCUCUAUCGUGUUCAGCGUGGCCAGUGCUCUCGCCGUCAACUACGUCAUGUUCGCAGUUUUCCGCUUCCUCACCGGCUUCGCCAUCAUCGGAGUUAGCAUCAUUGCUGGCGUCAUCUGCGUGGAGUGGGCAGACAUCGAGCAUCGGACGUUCAUCGGAGUGUUUGGAAGUUUAUCCUGGACCACGGGCAACAUGAUGCUAGCAGGAUUAGCAUACGCUGUUACCGACUGGAGAAUGCUAAUACUCACCGUCACCUCACCUCUAGUACUGGCAGUUAUCACCUGGUGGUGGGUCCCUGAGUCGUCUCGAUGGCUGAUGGCGUCCGGGAGGGCGGAUCAGGCCCACUACUUCCUGCAGCGUUGCGCUACGGCUAACCGCCGCAAAGACUUCUCGACAAACGUCACGCCGGAGGUGUUAUCGGGCAUGGUAACCAUGGUAACGGUGGAGGAGCCCCAAGGCCAGAGCGUCAGCUUCCUGGAUCUCUUCAGAACGCCACGAAUGAGGAGGCUGGCAGUGCUUACCGGCAUCAUGUGGUUCGGCAUGGCGUCUACCUAUUACGGCAUCAGCCUGAAUGUGACGGGUUUCGGCCUGGACAUCUACCUCACCCAGCUGAUCUACGCCGCCAUAGAACUGCCGUCCAAGAUCUCCACAUACUUCCUCUUGAACGCCAUCGGACGCCGGUACAGCCAAUCAGGAACACUCUUGCUGACGGGGAUCUGCAUCUUUGUCACCAUUGUAACCCCAAAAAAUUUCGUGGUAUUUCGUACGGUCGUAGCCGUGUUGGGAAAAGGCGUGUCUGAAGCUUCCUUCACCACCGCACACCUGUACACUACUGAGCUCUACCCUACAGUACUGAGGCAAAAUGGCGUGGGCUACACCAACUUCAUGGGCCGCCUGGGCUCCUCCAUGUCCCCUCUCAUCAUGCUCCUGGAGGAUGUGUGGCGCCCCCUACCUGAGGUGGCCUUCUGCGGCAUGGCCAUCCUGUCCGGCGUCAUGGCCUGGUUCCUGCCCGAGACCCUCCACGCGCGCCUGCCCGAGAACAUCGAGGACGUCGAGACCCUGCACACGGGACUCUCUUCUGAGAACAUCGACGAGGACGUCGAGAAAACCGACGGCUUUCAGAAGAAAACUCAGGGAUCCAAGGCUCCGGUGCCAACGCUGGACAUCAGCUGUUCCUCGUCUGGUGAGGUCAUCCUUCAGUGUGAGCCUCAGAACAUCUCAGGGUUCUCCGUCUCCUGGUUCCAGAACAACACAGAGAUGAAGGAGAAGAUUAACCCUUUAAAGCUCAAUACCUCUGAGGAGCACGGCCCGUACUCAUGCAGACUGACCAAUGAGGAGUUUGACAAGGAUACGGAGGACAGCACAGCGGUCAUGGCGUCGUGUGCAGACGAAUGUAUAAAUGCAUUAGAAGGACGUAACUACACCAUUGAGAUGGCUUCACCUGAGGAGGAAGGAGACGAUGUUGUUUGGAAAAACAACGAAGACAAAGUUGUUUACCACAGGCAGAAUGGAAGCGUAAUCAUGGGAGACGAUGAAGACGUAGACGAAACCGGCUCCCUUUACCUGGCGAAUGUUAACCCUUCGAUGUCUGGCAUGUACACCGCUGAGCAGCAUGUUAACGAUGGGAGACUGAUUAAGAUAACGAUGAGGGAACUCUGCGUUAUCCCCAAAGCUCCGGUUCCAAAGCUGUUCGUGACCUGUUCCUCAUCGGGGGCCGUCCUUAAGUGUGACCAUGACAACGUCCCAGGGUUCUCCCUCUCCUGGAUCCACAACAACGCAGAGAUGCCGGAGAACGAUGAAAACCCCUUACACCUCACAGAGCUCAGAGAAAACAAGUACAGGUGCAGGCUGACCAGCGAUGUGUUUCAGGACUACAAGGAGGACAGCAAUGAAGUUAGUCCUACUAUAGCAUGCCCAGGUCCUGCAGGUCCUCCAGCCGGCUUGUCAGUAGAGGUGCAGUGGAUCCUCAUCAGUGCUGCUGUUCUGGUGGUCAUCAUCAUACUGACUACUGUCAUCAGCUGCAAAUACUGUCGCCGCAAGAACAGAAGGCCAGAUUUCCAAAUGCCACAGGACACCACCACUGCAGAGAUGACGCCCCCGGCAGGACUGCCCCUAGCCCAGUACCCUGAGAGGCCCCCCAUCCUGACCGGACUCCCCCUAGCCGAGUACCCUACCACCCAGGAGGAGGAGCCGACCCCAACCGCCAGCUACACGUACCACACAUCAGACACCAGCAGCUGCAGCAGCAACUACUAG